AUGGCUGCUCCUGCAGAGGUAGUGGACGUCGUCCAGGAUACUGUCGACUCCACUGACCCUCAUCUCACGGACCCUCCCCUCCUCAGGGAUCAUUCAGAAUUCAAGUCUUACGAGAGCAGCCGUGGGUUUAGAUAUUCUGGCAUUCGAAUUUUUUACCGACAACAUGCUAAGGCUGAUCAACUACCGAAGCCUCCGUUGCCUCUUCUGGUCUUUCUACAUGGACUAGGUGGCUCUGUUGCUCAGUUCCACCCUUUGUUAUGCAGUCUUGUCGACGAGGCCCCUUGUUUAGCCAUCGACUACCCCGGAUGUGGUCGCUCCGAGUUCUCGGUCACGGAUUGGGCAGCUUACACAACAGAAGCUUUAGCAGAGCUCUUAGAGAUCAUUAUAAAUGAUUACCGGGACAAAGACGCAGGCCAACGUGUGGUUCUGAUCGGCCAUAGCAUGGGCACUGCCCUGUCUGCGAGAUUGGCCAACACCGAACUUCCUCACACAACUGACCUGGCGCACCACGUGGUAGGACUAGUAGCCAUUUGUCCAGUAGCAAAUCCUCCCAAUGAGUCGUUGACGAAAUGGGCAAAGAGAGCUAUGUGGAUUCCAGGUUGGUUGUUCAACUUGUGGCGUGCCUGGGACGGUUGGGGUGGCCCCGAGAGCGCAAGUGUCAAGCGUUUUGUUGGACAGGGUGCCGAUGAAGCCACUCGAAAACUGCAGUAUCGUUUCAACAAGCAGAGCCGUACCCCGGUUUGGAGGCGAAUGGCAAAUGGUGCACUGCCGGUUUACAAUGAUGGUAAACCUACGGGUGGUCUCCCAACUCUGGACACCUGGGCAGCGCUGGACAUUCCUGUUUUCCUAAUCGCUGGCGAGAAGGACAACGUCGUUUCACCAGAGGAAGCUAACAAGAUUGUCAAAGUUCUGGACCUAAAGAGGACAUCCCCAGAAUCAGAAGAUGAGGGAGAGACGCAUGAGGCCAUUAUUGAUACUGCUGGUCCUGUCAAUACUUCCACAAAACCCCAAGACCAUCUCCCACAAACCAUCGGUGAUCUUACCGAUGCAGACUUUAUGAAAGUAAAGUCCCCAAACGUCGAAGCUCUGCCUGAAUGUGGCAGCUCUACCGAUCCCUCAACUCCGAACGAGACCAUGACCGAGCUACCUCCUCAGCCAAAUCGCCCUAAAAAGGUUGUCCGGUCUUUUGUAAUGCCGGCGCCUGCAACACAUGCUGUAUUAUAUACACCUUGCUCGGUUCGGGCUGUUGCCGGCUUAAUAUCAGAUUUUCUUGCCGCAAAUGUCACGGAAAGACUAUCUCUUGCCUGGCAACUGCAAUAUCUUUCACGUGAAGGGAAAUGGGACGUUAAGAAUCUCAACAAAUGGAAGUCUGUCAACCCUGUGUCUCAUCCAAUUGGACCUGCUGGGAGACCUAUUUUCCGUGCCCUCAAAACGCUCCGUGAAGCGGAUGACGUGCACUGUCCGCAAGAAUUUGUUUCAAAAUGGAGUUCUAUUGUGAAAGAUGUCAUCGACAUCUCCAAAGACCAGCCUGUAUACGACCCUCGCGGUCUCGAGCGGGCUGGUAUCCAUUACCACAAAUUUCCGACGGUCUCCAAGAUCCCCCCACAACCACAUGAGAUCGAGGCUUUCAUCAAGUUGGUCGACGAAAUCCGUGAGAAACAGGCUGAGCGUGCCGUUAUGGAAGAAUGGAAUGAUUCGGAGCAAUGUGUGAUCGGAGUCCACUGCCACUAUGGCUUCAACCGUACGGGGUAUUUUAUUGUCUGCUAUCUCGUCGAACGGUGCGGCUUUGAUGUCAAGGAUGCCAUCGAAACAUUUGCUAAGGCGAGACCUAACGGAAUUCGUCACUCUCAUUUUCUGGACAGACUUUAUGUGCGAUACAACGUCUGA